AACCAUCCCCGGCCGUCGCCUCCCCUGCAGUCUCUUCUCUUCUCCCAAUCAUCACCGUCUUCCAUUCCUCCCCAACUCCAUCUCUGUCUCCAAAACUUCCGCCUUUCUCUCUCUCCCGUUCUUGGAUCGCGCGUGCGCCUGGUGUGCCUUGGCCGCCGCCGGGUCCCGUGCCGUCGUCGUCGGAGGAGGAGGAGGAGCGGGAAGGCGGCAAUGUCGAAGGGCGGGCUGGGGAAGCUGCGGUGCAUGAUCAGGCGGUGGCACUCGUCCAGCCGCAUCGCCCGCGCGCCGUCGCCCGGCGAGGACGGCCACGACGGUGGCGGCGGCGGCGACGCCCGGGGCGCGUCGUUCCACGGCACCGCGGACGAGGUGCCCAAGGGCCUGCACCCGGUCUACGUCGGCAAGUCGCGGCGCCGGUACCUCGUCGCCGAGGAGCUCGUGGGCCACCCGCUGUUCCGGACCCUCGUCCACCGCACCGGCGGCGCCGCCGAGGCGGGCUGCACCGUCGUCGGCUGCGAGGUCGUCCUCUUCGAGCACCUCCUCUGGAUGCUGGAGAACGCGGACCCGCAGCCGGAGUCCCUCGACGAGCUCGUCGAGUACUACGCGUGCUGACCGCUGCGAGCCACCGCCCACCGCGCCGGCCGCCGGAGUCGGCAGCCUCUCUCGAAUCUCCCAGCCGCGGCGGUGAAUCGCUCUGCAAUUCCUGUGUCCUGAGCCGUAGGAUUAGAGUAGGGGAAACCAUUGUUAAUCACCGUGCUGUGCAGCUCACGGACGCUGCUCUUCCGGCUCCGUUGAUUCGAUUCGAUGGCCGCUAGCUUGCUACAAAUUUUUUUAAUGCUAUCCUCCUAAUAAGAUCUCUGGAGUCUGGACACGUGUCUUCAUUCACAUUGCAUCAAAAAAGAAAGGAAAAAAUUGCUUAUUUCGACU